AUGGAUGGUUGUGGCCGGCUGCUUCCUAGUCACCAUCUGCACCCGUGCUGUCACCAGGUGAGCCUCUGACACACACACACAGCUCCAGAGGGACGAUGGUCCUCAAAUCAAAUCACAUUUUAUUGGUCACAUACACAUAUUUAGCAGAUGUUAUUGCGGGUGUAGCGAAAUGCUUGUGUUCCUAGCUCCAACAGUGCUGUAGUAUCUAACAAUUCACAACAAUACAUACAAAUCUAAAAGUAAAAGAAUGGAAUUAAGAAAUAUGUAAAUAUUAGGAUAAGCAAUGUCGGAGUGGCAUUGACUAGAAUACAGUAGAAUAUAGUAUAUACAUAUGAAAUGAGUAAAACAGCAUGCAAACGUUAUUUGUGUUCCAUUAUUAAAGUGACCAGUGAUUCCAUGUCUAUGUACAGUACAUAGGGCAGCAACCUCUAAGGUGCAGGGUUGAGUAACCAGGUGGAAGUUGGGGAAGAUUGAACUGAACCUUUCAUAACUCCUCAUUUGACAUGUUUGUGACAUGGUAGAGCUUCUGGAUGUGUUUUGCCCUUGCUGUCUCUUUGCGGGGUAUUUGCAAGGUAUGUGUUUUGCACUUGCUGUCUCUUUGUGGGGUAUUUGCAAGGUAUGUGUUUUGCACUUGCUGUCUCUUUGCGGGGUAUUUGCAAGGUAUGUGUUUUGCCCUUGCUGUCUCUUUGCGGGGUAUUUGCAAGGUAUGUGUUUUGCCCUUGCUGUCUCUUUGCGGGGUAUUUGCAAGGUAUGUGUUUUGCCCUUGCUGUCUCUUUGCGGGGUAUUUGCAAGGUAUUUGUUUUGUCCUGACAGCUGCUAGGCUCCCAUGGUGAGGAUUAUUUUGUGUGAAGAUAGCUUUGGGAUAUUACAGCGGGAGGUUGUCGUUGUUAUGCAAUAUAAACAGAAAUUAAAUCGAUAUCAUGUUAAUGUUGUUGUUAUCCCCUUAUCGAUUCCAUGCAUGUCAGGUGGCAUCAUGUUUAUGUAUGAUCAGUGUGAUCUAACUAUCUGCUUUCAAUUAGUGUUUUGGGAACCAGCCAGGUUGUGAUGAGCGACUCACUGGAUUAGUUUAGACUUUUGUCAGCUCAGGUUAAAAAGGCAUGCUUUUAAAUCAGACAUCCAGACACAUAGUCAAAGCAGGUUUGGUGCCUAUUGUGUGUUCCGGUAUUGUUGAGUCCCUAGUGACAGAAAAUAUUGUUUAUGCAUACAAAUGCCACUUUUCAUGUAAGUGUUAUGAAGAAGUUAUAAGGACUUUAUGUAUGUAUUUCGUGUCACACACUUUAAAAAAAAAAUCUGACUGGCUGGUAAGAUGCUCUUGUUUAAGUUUGAUUAACCUGGUACUUAGUAGGUUGGUGAUUGCUGCGCUCCUCCGACUGUUCCUUCUUCUCUAGGUAGCUUAAGAGAGAGAAUUAAAAUUCCACUCUCCACAUGUGCUUUGGUCACAUGCCAUAAGCCUUCACAGUGUAAAAAACCCUUAUAAAAUCCUAAAGUUACAUAAUUUUUAAACGCUCAGCAUGAACAAACUAUACGGUCAGCUUAGGUUAUUCAUUAUUGGGUACAGUGUUAAAGAAUGGAGCUACUGUAACCAGAGCUCUGUUGGCAUUAGUUGCAAACUCAACCAAUGCCAAGAGCUAUUCCUCAACUCUAUUCCUCAACUCUAUUCCUCAACUCUAUUCCUCAACUCUAUUCCUCAACUCAUCUUGUAUUCAGUGUUUUGAUUUAAUCUAGUUUUUCUUUAGGGAUUAAUGUCAGUGCUCUUAAAUUCAGUCACUGGUCUUAAUUUCAAAAUGGUAUCAACAAAGCUCAUUAUUGUGGCACACACUGAGGAGACAAAACAUUAAUAACACCUGCUAUUUCUAUGACAGACUGAUCAGGUAAAUCCAGGUGAAAGCUAUGAUCCCUUAUUGAUGUCACUUGUUAAAUCCACUUCAAUCAGUGUAGAUGAAGGGGAGGAGAUAGGUUAAAGAAUACUUCUUAAGCCUUGCGACAAAUGAGACAUGGAUUGUGUAUGUGUGCCAUUCAGAGGGUGAAUGGGCAAGACAAAACAUUUAAGUACCUUUGAACGGGGUAUGGUAUUAGGUGCCAGGCGCACCAGUUUGAGUGAGUUAAGAACUGCAACACUGAUGGAUUUUCACGCUCAACAUUUUCCCAUGUGUAUCAAGAAUGGUCUACCAGCCAACUUGACACAACUGUGGGAAGCAUUGGAGUGAACAUGGGCCAGCAUCCCUGUGGAACGCUUUCAACACCUUGUAGAGUCCAUGCCCUGACGAAUUGAGGCUGUUCUGAGGGCAAAAGGGACUCAAUAUUAGGAAGGUGUUCCUAAUGUUUUGUACACUCAGUGUAUAUACACUGCUCAAAAAAAUAAAGGGAACACUUAAACAACACAAUGUAACUUCAAGUCAAUCACACUUCUGUGAAAUCAAACUGUCCACUUAGGAAGCAACACUGAUUGACAAUACAUUUCACUUGCUGUUGUGCAAAUGGAAUAGACAACAGGUGGAAAUUAUAGGCAAUUAGCAAGACACCCCCAAUAAAGGACUGGUUUUGCAGGUGGUGACCACAGACCACUUCUCAGUUCCUAUGCUUCCUGGCUGAUGUUUUGGUGACUUUUGAAUGCUGGCGGUGCUUUCUAGGAUGUGAUAUUUUAGUGUUCCCUUAAUUUUUUUGAGCAGUGUACUAUGUGCAUGUCAAAUAAACCAGUCCAGUCCUAUACCUGCAUAUAUCCUGAAGAACAGUUUGUCAGUGCAAUGUUGAAACUCACACUGUUCUUUCUCCUUUUAUUUUUAGAUGUGUGUCAAUCUUCUUUGUGGAGUUCCAGAUGCACUUUGAUCAGGACUACUCUGGCACGGCCUGGAUCCACUCGCUAGUCGACUGCACCACCUUCCUCUUUGGUGAGAGAGUCAGCCAUGACUAGGGGAUUUCCUUAUCAGCAAUUUGAACACCUUGAGUGUCCCUGUUUAUUCAAUGAAACAGUAUUUAUAUAUGUAUUGUCUGGGUUUAAUUAAUUCUCAAGUUAUUUAUGAUUUCUAAUUAUCUCUGGGGCCUGAGGAAAUUCUACCUCACAAACAGAUUCACAAGCAUAAAAGCACAGAUUAAGUGAACUACUAGUGCACUUUAUACGCACAAUACAUUCAAAAGGAAUAUAUGCCCCUAAUAGUUGUGAUUGGGAGGUGACGCAUUAUGAUAAGAAAUGUGUCUACCCAAAUAUACGCCUUUCCUUAUCAUGAAAUGGCAAAUCUUGAUACAUUUUACAUUUUUAGUCAUUUAGUAGACGCUCUUAUCCAGAGCGACUUACAGUUAGUGAAUAAACAUUUUUUAUACUGGCCCCCCGUGGGAAUCGAACCCACAACCCUGGCGUUGCAAACGCCAUGCUCUAUCAACUGAGCUACAUCCCUGCCGGCCAUUCCCUCCCCUACCCUGGACGACGCUGGGCCAAUUGUGCGCCGCCCAUGAGUCUCCCGGUCACGGCCGGCUACGACAGAGCCUGGAUUCGAACCAGGAUCUCUAGUGGCACAGUUAGCACUGCGAUGCAGUGCCUUAGACCACUGCGCCACUCAGGAGACGUGUGAACACAGAAACCCGGAUCCAGUUCUCCUUGCAUGAACAUUAUGCAGUGAUUAGGACUGCCCAAGGAGACCCCAAAAAUCACAUUUCUGGAGAGAGAAAAAAAUCUGUUUUUCCCCCGACGUAAUAGACAACGCAUAAAAUGUGUGGUUUGUAUCACCGGAGUCUCUUAUAUGUCACAUGAACAUUUCAAGUGAUUAUACUUCUCCAAAAAGGAAUAUCUUUCUUUGAAAAUGUACUCGGGCAUCUCUGGACAUAUUAUGAGCAUUUUGCAUGCAUUGAAUCUCAGACACGCACAUUUUUGACAACGUACUAGACUUUGGGAGUAGCAGAUUUCCGUUUUUACAGGACAAUGAGAUCAGCCAUUUUCAGGUGUAAUUGUUGAUGGUGUAAUUACAAAGAUUGGCCACCAGGUGGUGCCAAAAGUGUUUAUUAGGAUCUCUUCGGCUGCGUUUAGACAGCCAGCCCAAUUCUGAUAUUUUUUCCACUAAUUCAUAUUUUGACCAAUCACAUCAGAUCUUUUCACAUCAGAUAUUGUUUGAGAUGAUCUGAUUGGUCAAAAGACCAAUUAGUGAAAAAACAAAACAGAAUUUGGCUGCCUGUGUGAACGCAGCCUUCUUAAAGAUAGUGGGUUCCUUUUUAUGUAUUGUUCGUAUACAGACACUUUACCAGGUGUUUAAAGACAUUGUGACACAUAUAUAUAAAGGCGUUGGGCUUUAAGGGUGAAAAGGAAAACAAACCGAUUCACAUGCACAAAACCACACACUAAUUCAGAUUAUUAGUACACAGCAUAUAUGCCCAAUAAACUCAAAAAUAACAUGUGCCCUUAAUAAGUAAGAUUAGAAGAUGGAGCAUUAGGAUAAGAUAAUUGUCUACCCAAGCCUAUCCUAAUCAUGACAUGGCAAUCUUGAUACACCUGAUGUAACUUUGCAAAAGGAAAUUACAUAAUCUGGAACAUUGACAUGAACUUUGUACCCCUCAGCUGUUGUAAAAGUUGUGUGAGGGCUGUCUGGGCACAUGCAGUGCAGUCUGGGCAAUAAUUGUUUUUAUGAGCAUGGCCUUAUUUGUAUUACAGCAUAUUGGAUGACUGUCAUUCAUAUUCCAUUCACCCAGCUCAAUGUAACAUCGAUAGGUAUAGGCUACUAUAUGAUACUCUAAUUUUCCCUAUACCCAUCAUGAGGUUGCUACAACCUAGCCUAUGAAUGACAGUUUACAACGUAGGUGCACAGGUCGUGAGAACAAUUAGAGUAAUCAAGGUGACAGACAGUGACACAUUCAACACUGCCUUGCACACUCUUGCCUGCAUCUAUCUGAUCUAGGGUGUAAUAAUUAGUCCAACAGUUGCAAAUGUGAGUUUCUGUUGGACAAAUUCAGGUAUGUUUAUCCCCAUUUUGUUCUGUUUGCUUCCGUUUAAGAAAUAUUUUUCAACAGAAUUGGCAGAAUGAAUACACCCCUGAUCACACGCAAACACAGUUCACUUUCAUAGCAGCCACAUAAAAACAGCUUGUUGUAUAUAUAAUUCCUUCUCGCAACUAUCUACGCGCUCUCCUCCUCUCACCUUUUCCCUUUGCUUGUGGACUUUAGUGGACAACACAUCAGCUGUCUGUGACCAGGCAAAAAAAACUUUCCAAGCCAAACCUUCAUAUCAUGACCGCUAACCACUACACACAGCCUACACCGUUGUCACAUCAUAGUCAACAUAGCUACUAGAACUAAAGCGUUAGUAAACCCGCUACACUCAUCCUGUGUGGCUCAGUUGGUAGAGCAUGGCGCUUGCAACGCCAGGGUUCCCACGGGGGACCAGUAUGGGAAAAAAGUUAGAAAAUGUAUGCACUCACUACUGUAAGUCGCUCUGAAUAAGAGCGUCUGCUAAAAUGACUGAAAUGUAAAUGUAAAAAUAAUGCAUUACAGUGUACAGUCAGAAAGUUUAACAGUUACACCGGCGGGCCCCGGUGGUAAUAAAUUAAUAAAACCAAAUGCUUACCUUGACUUGGAAGAGUUCCAGUGUUGGAUAGCCUUAGCCAGUUAGCUAACAUAGCAUCCCUCUCUGUUUGAGCUGGGUGUUUGAGUAGGCUAAAAGUGAAAGUUUUAAAAAAUACAACCAAAUAUAUAUAUCUCUCUCUCACUCAAUUUCAAUGUAAGGGCUUUAUUGGCAUGGGAAACGUAUGUUAACAUUGCCAAAGCAAGUGAAGUAGAUAGUAAACAAAAGUGAAAUAAACAAUAAAUAUUAACAGUAAACAUUACACUCAGAAGUUCCAAAAGAAUAAAGACAUUUCAAAUGUCAUAUUUUGUAUAUAUACAGUGUUGUAACAAUGUGCAAAUCUCUCUCUCUCUCUCUCUUAAUUUGUUCAAAAUUGUUAAAUUAUUGUCUUUCUCUCUGAGUCAACUACUCACCACAUUUUAUGCACUGCAGUGCUAGCUAGAUGUAGCGUAUGCAUUCAGUACUAGAUUCAUUCACUGAUCUUUUGAUAGGCUGGACAACAUGUCAGUUCAUACUGCAAGAGCUCUGAUAGGUUGGAGGACGUCCUUCAAAAGUUGUCAUAAUUACUGUGUAAGUCUAUGGAAGGGGGUGAGAACCAUGAGCUUCUUAAGUUUUGUAUUGAAGUCAAUGUACCCAGAGGAGGACAGGAGCUAGCUGUCCUCCGGCCACGCCAUAGUGCUACUCUACAGAGGGCUGUUGAGGCUACUGUAGACCUUCAUUGCAAAACAGUGUGUUUUAAUCAAUUAUUUGGUGACGUGAAUAAAUUGAGUACAGUUUUAUCUAAAAAUGAUAACUUUUUUUAAAUGUUUCACUAUUUUUAUGAAAUUCACUGAGGAGGAUGCUCCUCCCCUUCCUCCACUGAUGGGGAUUCCACAGUCCCUUGGAAACAGCUGUUGAUGAUAAGAGAUAUAAUAAUAUUUUUAGUCAUAUUGAGACUAAAGUCUCUUUUGCAAAUGAGCCAUGCACAAUACAAAAAAAAAACACAUCAAUAGACAAUUAUAGAUAAACAUAAAUAUACAUAAUAUACACAUUCAGAUACAAAACAAACAAAACACAAUCAAUUAAAACAAACACAUUCUUCAUUAUAAAAAUCCUCUGUCAGCUGUCUGACUUGCCCUAGGGACACCAAUGCAUCCAAUCGAAAGCUAGUUUGUUUGUUUUGCCACUUUAUUAGAUUGAACAGGGUCGUAUACAUCCUGAUGCAUUUUUUUUUACUGAUAUUCAAGGAUUUACAUCAAAUAAUUAAACUUGGCCCUGAUUUAUCAUUAGCCUGGACUUACAUAGCAUCUGUGCCAGAGUGUGUUGGACUUUUACAAGCGGUUGUUUAUUGAGCCAUUUGCAGUUUCACUGUACUGGCCGUGUGUACUUAGACUUGUAUGCCUUAAUCUUUGAGUCAAACAUAUGCUUCUGGCCUGCUCUGAACUUUUAUGUCAAUAACAGGCUUGAUGUGUGUUACAAUGGAUUGUGUCCCAGCUACAUCCAAUCCAAGCGAUAAGUCUGUCACAUUUUCUUCUUGAUCUGAGGACGAUAACUUUAUUGAUCCCUAUGUAUUGUUUCUCCAGCUCCUCUUGGCAGCUUCAUCGGGAACCGUCUGUCCACCCAAGCCACUGUGAUCAUGGGAGGCGUCCUGUCCUCUGCAGGCCUGAUCCUCAGCUCCUUCGCCACCAGUCUGGAGUACCUCUACCUCACCCUGGGGGUCCUCACAGGUACGUCUCUCACUGGAGAUAUCAUCACAUUUGUUGUUAUGACUUUGGCACAAGAGGGUGCUGUUGCAUUAUGGAUACUUGUGUUGACUCUUAGUGACGGAACGCAACUGUAUCUGUCAUGACUCCAUCCCCAACUCUCUCCUCGUAGGGUUGGGAUUUGCCCUCAGCUACACCCCAGCGGUGGCCAUGGUUGGGUCCUAUUUCAACGAGAGGAAAGCACUGGCCUAUGGGAUGGCAAUGUCUGGGACUGGCAUUGGGACCUUCAUCCUGGCCCCUGCUGUUCAUCUCCUGAUUGAACGCUACUCCUGGAGGGGGGCCCUGCUUAUUCUGGGAGGGUUUGUGUCCAACCUGUGUGUCUGCGGGGCCCUUAUGAGGCCCCUGGUGCCUAAAGGGAGAGGACAGAGGCAGCACAAGACAGCAGAGCUUGAGAAUGGGUAUGCCAUCCUACUGGUGGAUGCCAAGCUAGCAGAGGGGAAGGUAAUGGACACAACACUUCCAGGCUUAAAGCCGUUGGACCCCAAUACAGAGGUUGUGAAUGUAACAGAUGUGAAGAUUGAAACGGAUAAACUUGCAGAAAUUAAACUCACUGAAAUGAAACUAGCAGAGGCACUCCUUGCGAAUGUACAACUAGCUGACUCGAGGCUGGCAGACAUGACGAUAGUAGAGGGCAUGGUUGUGAAUGUGAAUAGUGCAUUAACAGAGAAAAUGCUUGAAGAGAUCAAGCUAGCGGAUCAAAAUCUAGCCAACGGGAAGCUAAAGGACAUUAAACUAAUGGAGAAUCUUGUCAUCGGUAGCCAGCUAGCUGAUGUUAAGCCUGUGGACACAAAGGUUGCUGAUGCAAAACUAGCGGAGUUAGUAGAUGCCAAGGUUCUGGCUGGCCUGGCUGCCCCUGGGCCAAUGGGUCCUCUGGCAGGGCCUAAGCUGGGAGGGUGCUUCUGCCUGCAGUCAAUGGAGGAGUUUAGCUUCCUGCUGAUGCCUGACUUCAUGCUGCUGUCCGUGUCCUUCCUGUUCCUGGCGUACGGCUGCAGUGUGCCCUUUGCCUACCUGGUGCCUUAUGCCCUCAGUGUGGAUGUGGAGCACCAGCAGGCUGCCUUCCUCAUGUCCAUCCUGGGGGUCACCGGAAUCGUAGGAAACAUCACGUUCAGCUGGCUCACUGACAGGAAGUAUGUCACAUGUAUAGAAUAGUUUGCACCCCCCACACACACCAUUUUUCUAUAGCAUCACCCAUAUAGACUGUAGCCAUAGUCAAAAUAUUUUUUAUGAUGCUUUCAAAACUAUGGUCUUGGGCCUGUCACCUACUGCAUGGCCACAUUCUCUAGUGUUGUAACGUACUGCUAGCUAAGUCUGAGUUCCCCUCUCGUAGGUGUGUGAAGAAGUACCGGAAAGUGAGCUUCAUGUUUGCUGUGGGUAUGGAGGGUCUGUCCUGCCUCCUGAUCCCUCUGCUACGUUCCUUUACCCUGCUGGUGCCUUUCUCCAUGCUCUAUGGGUAUUUUGACGGCGCCUACACUGCCCUCAUACCAGUGGUGACGUCUGACUUGGUGGGCUCAUCGUACCUAUCCUCAGCCCUGGGUGUGGUCAACUUCUUACAUGCCAUACCCUACCUGGUUAGCCCACCAAUAGGAGGUGAGGAUGAGGAGAGGAUGACUGAAUACUAACACACUUAGUGCAUGUACAUACACCAUUUUCAAUUGCCACAAAUUCAAAAGUGCACAUCUUGAUUCUGAAUAUAUGAUUCCAUCGUUCUCGUUAUAGUCCGGACUCUGUUGUCGGUAUGAAACUGCCCCUUAAAAUUCCCAGCCUAACGCUUUCUGUUGGUUCCAGGCUGGUUGGUGGACUGGACUGGCGACUAUACUGCUGCAUUCUUCCUCAGUGGAUUCUCUCUUAUACUCAGCCCACUCUUCCUGGCUUCUGUCAUGCUGAUCCAACGAUGCUGGAGGACACAGACAUACUCCACUAGAGAUGUCGAUUCAAAGUUCGCCUCCUUGAAGAAUGACCAAAUGGAUCUACCGACGUACAAGGCAGCACAUGAUGAACCAAAGCUAGCAGGGACCAUCCCAGCGUGUUAAGAAAUGUUUUGUAAGCAUUUUUUUAUUGAGUGAGUGGACGUUAUUGUAAUACCAAAGUGUGUUGUUCCUUAAUGGAAGCAAAACAAUAAUGUUCC